CGUCAGUGGUAAAUGCAGCGGUGCGUACAUCGCCACCGAUGUCACAUACGACGCCAACAACGUCACCUUCGACGACCACAUAGGCAACCAAACGCUGAACCCCGUUGUUCUGCACCUACCUGACUGGCACCCACAAGGCACCGGGACGCCUUUCUUGAUAAACGUGAUGGACAGUAAUACUGGCUCUUCAGACGUCCCCAUUGACGUGUUCAACACCACCCUUACAACUCCCUUGACAACGAACUCCACUGAUGUGGUCUCGCUGACGUUGACUGGCACGAGGACGAGUACUGUGCUAGUGUUAGACGUCAACGUCGGGUGCACCCCCAACUACUACGGCCAUGACUGCUCCAUCAACUGCACCACCACCUACAUUAACUCCUACUGCGACCACACGACUGGGAUCAUUCACUGCAACAAAGGUUGGCACGGCGACAAGUGUGAAGAGGACAUCGACGAGUGCUCCCAGUCUCAACUGAAUCGAGUAUGUCCGGUUAACAGCACAUGCGCAAAUUCCGCCGGAAGUUACACGUGCACCUGCAACGAAGGCUGGACAGGGCUAUCAUGUAACAUAACCCAAUCGUUGUGUGCAACUAACCCAUGUAAAAACAAUGGUACCUGUGUCAGUGGCUCUAUAACGUUCUCCUGCAGUUGUUCGCAAGGGUGGUCAGGGCCGACCUGUGAGACAUAUACCCCCGGGUGUGACCCCAACCCAUGUUAUAAUGGGGGUACAUCUGACGCGAAUAAUUCAACUUGCGCAUGCGCUUCUGGCUGGUCCGGACUUAAAUGUGAGACUUUCAUCGGUUUUUGUCACAACAACCCAUGUCUAAACAACGGCACAUGUUUUGACGGAACACACACCUAUCAGUGCGUCUGUGAGUCUUCCUGGCAUGGAGAUCGCUGUGAAUUAGAAACCAAUGAAUGUGAGGCAGGUGCUUGUGUGAAUGGCGCUACGUGUACCAAUACCCCUGGUGGGUUCAUCUGUAACUGUUCUAGAGGCUGGACGGGGAAUAACUGCUCAACAGAUAUAAAUGAAUGCCUAUCAAAACCAUGUCUGAACCAAGGCGCCUGUGUCAACUCACUGGGCAGCUUUCACUGCAUCUGUAGCUUGGACUGGUCAGGAAGCAUGUGCGAACAUUUCAUCGGGCCAUGUCACGGAGGCUCAUGUGACAAUGGGGGCACGUGCCAGGGCAACGAGACUGGUUCCUGGUGCGUCUGUCCGUCUGGCUGGACCGGAGCUCAUUGUGAACAAGAUGUCGAUGAGUGUAAACUGAACCUUUGUGAUCAUUCCACAGGAUGCAGAAACUCCAACGGCAGCUACCAGUGUGAGUGUAUGGAUGGAUGGAAGGGACAGAAGUGUGACGAGGACAUUGAUGAAUGUUUACUUGGUAUUUGCGUCCACGGCAGUUCAUGUUAUAACUAUGACGGCGGAUAUAACUGUAGCUGUAGACCUGGAUGGAAGGGGUUGACCUGUCAGUACAGACAAGAUGCCUGUGCUCCACCCAGUCCGUGUGGUAACGGGGGAACCUGCUCCAACACUAACGAGGGCUACAGAUGUCACUGCCCAGCUGGAUACACCGGACAACAGUGCCAGACACAAAUUGAUGAAUGUUCGGCCGGACCUUGUCAGAACAAUGCGACGUGUGUGGACGUUCCAGGAGGGUACAAGUGUACCUGCAGCAGCUACUGGACAGGCCACGACUGCGACAUUGACGUCAAUGAGUGCCUCAAACCGCAGUGUCUCAACAACGGCACAUGUGUCAAUUACGAUGGCGGAUUCCGCUGUGCGUGUCCCGGCAACUGGACAGGAAGUGUUUGUGGAGAUUUCGUUGAUAACUGUACCUGGAAGCCAUGUUUAAAUGGGGGCAGUUGCACUGACCACUUCUACGGCUACACCUGCUCCUGUCCGCACGGGUGGACCGGUCAGCGAUGUGAUGUGGCUGUUGACCUUUGUGCAAACAGUCAGUGUAGUCAGGGAUCAACUUGUUUGGUGACAGAUGGUCAAGUCACCUGUAUCUGUGCGUCUGGUUUGACUGGUCCAUUGUGUUCCACCACGAUAGACCCGUGCAUGGGCAUCCCGUGCUCUAACAAUGGGACAUGUGUCACAAAAGACACAACCUUCCUGUGUAUCUGUGUUCAUCCUUGGUCUGGGACCAACUGUAACAUGAAACUUGAAGCUACAUAUGCAUCUUCACCAACUACCGUGUCAUCUACAAAGACCUCAACAAGGUUCGACAUCGUCUACACCGAGGUCUACUGCAAUUAG